AGGAUAAGUGGAUAUGUAUGUCUUUUUUUCUGUUCCAACGUUUAUGAAGUUUGAAAACACAAUUUUGGUCAUGGGAAGCACAAGAAAAUUGGAGUUUUGAGUCCAGUCUCCAUUGCUGUUGGCCUUCAAGUGCCGACUCUUCCAACCCUCAUAUUUGACCCGUCCCCACCCACUCUGUAUUCGUGUGGUCACACAUGGUGGGUCGUGCCGAAAAGAAAAAAAGAUUUAACUUUUCGGUUUCCCAUGGUUUAAAGAGAGUAUAAAAAGUAGAAAAUCUUGGAUAUUAAAAGUUAUCAAUCAUCGAAACGCCAACAAAUGGAUCCGUUUCUUUUUGCCGCCCCUUUCCGUCUGCCCCUUCCUCCUUCCCCCUCCCAUUGUCUUUCCUGCUUACUUAUCUCUAUUCCCUUGUGCUGCUACCAUCAUUUUCAUUCACUCUAAGCUCUAAUCAUUCAACUAUUUGUCAAUAUGUGCGUGUGGUAGGUAGUAGGCCAUAGCAGCCACUUUAUAAGUCAUUUCUGCUUUUCUAAGCACAAAUAUAUGUCGCUCUGUGUAUAUAAUACAACAUGGUAUGGGCGUGCAUGUAUACCUUAAUAAAAUAAAAUAGCUGAUUAAAAGCACUUGAGCAUUACAUCGUAUUUUAUUUCCUUUUUGAGGUAAACAAUUAAAAUUCGAGAUUCCUGCUUGGUUGUUUCUGUCUUCCUUCGUCUUCUUAUUCAUUCCUAGCUUUUGCUUGCUUCUUCUAACUCCUGCACUUCAGAGUCAGAUUUCUAUACCAGCGUAGGAAGCUUAUACUCCUCGUCGAGAAAUUAAAAAAAAUAUAAUUUCUUGGUUGGAAAAAAUGGAAGUCGGAAACCCAGAUGCCUCUUCAAUCAAAGCCCUCUCUGUUUCUCAGGUGGUAGAAGAGUUGAAAGAGCUGUGGGGUUUGACCUUUCCGGUAACUACCAUGAACUUCUUGGUGUUUUUAAGGCAGGUGGUCUCUGUCUUGUUCUUGGGCAGAAUUGGAAGCCUUGAGCUUGCAGGUGGUGCACUUGCUAUAGGAUUUACAAAUAUCACAGGCUAUUCUGUUAUGGUGGGUUUAGCCGCUGGGUUGGAACCCUUAUGCAGCCAAGCCUACGGAAGUAAAAAUUGGGACCUCCUCUGUCUUUCUCUGCAACGCAUGAUCUUAAUCCUUCUCUUUGCAACUAUACCCAUCGGUUUUCUCUGGAUCAACCUUGAUAACAUCAUGGUGUUUUUGGGUCAAGAUCACCAAAUCACAAGGAUGGCGGCUAUUUAUUGUAUUUAUUCUCUUCCAGACCUUUUAACAAACACCUUGUUGCAACCCUUAAAAAUAUUUUUGAGGUCACAAGAGGACACGAAACCCUUGAUGUAUAGCACUCUGGUAGCAGUUGGCCUUCAUGUGCCUCUGAAUUACAUGAUGGUGGUGGCGCUGGGGAUGGGAAUGCAAGGAGUGGCAAUGGCUUCGGUGAUAACGAAUUUGAACAUUGUGGGAUUGUUAUGCGGAUACGUGUGGGUGUGGGGAAGGAAAGGGGAGAUGAGAUGGACGUUGAAGGUGGGCGAGGUUUGUGGAGGCGUGGGGCCAGUGAUGAAGCUGGCUAUACCGAGUUGCUUGGGAAUAUGUUUGGAGUGGUGGUGGUAUGAAAUAGUGACAGUAUUGUCUGGUUAUUUAUCCAAUCCAACGUCGGCUGUGGCCGCCACUGGGAUUCUCAUCCAAACUACAAGCAUGAUGUACACCGUACCCCUGGCUCUCUCUGGUUGCGUCUCCUCCAGGGUAGGGAAGGAGCUGGGAAGUGGAAAGCCAAGGAAAGCGAAAGCUGCAGCCAUGGUGGCAUUGGGAUGCGCACUUGUGGUAGGCGGAAUCAACGUGACGUGGACGGUGAUUCUCCGGCGGACAUGGGCCACAUUUUUCACAGAUGAUAUGUCGGUUAAAUCAUUGGUCUCUUCGGCUUUGCCAAUCAUAGGUCUCUGUGAGCUUUGGAACUCCCCGCAGACCACUGGAUACGGCAUCCUUCGUGGCACUGCCCGUCCUGCUGUGGGUGCUCGUAUCAACUUAGGAUCCUUUUACCUGGUGGGCACCCCUGUGGCUGUGGGCUUAGCAUUUGGUCUUCGAGUUGGGUUUGUUGGGCUUUGGUUUGGGCUGCUCUCCGCCCAGAUCGCUUGUGCUGUGUCGAUGUUAUAUAUGGUUUUGGUGAAGACUGAUUGGGACGCUGAGGCUUUGAAGGCUAAGCAGCUCACUGGUUUGGAAAUGACGGCCGCUAAUAGUGCAGAAGAGGAAACCAUGGGGCUCCUUGGUGAGGAAAAUAGCCAUUAACUUUACAUUCUCUAGAGAGAGAUUGAAAUGGUUUCUUCUUCUUCUUCUUCUUCUUCUUCUUGUUUUUUCGUGUUUUUGGUUGUUGGUGGUGUUAUCUAUUUUGUGUGAAUGUUCCUUUGCUUUUUUGAAAGUCUUGUGGUGAUGCAGAGUUUGAUUA